UGAUUUAUAAUAGAAGCGAGAAGAUGCGAGCGUGCAUAGUCGCUGUUUGAUCUCGAGAAACCCUUCGGUUUGGAUCCGAAAUCGCCAUGGCCGCCAAGAUCGCAGCAAGGUACGUCGCCCGCAGGCUCUCCUCCGGUGGGAAGGUUCUCAGCGAGGAGGAGAAAGCGGCGGAGAACGUUUUCAUCAAGAAAAUUGAGAAAGAAAAGUUAGAGAAGCUUGCGCAGAAGGGCCCAAAACCUGCAGAGGAAGCCCCAGUCAAACCAGAACCCUCAUCCACUGAGGUGAAGUCCACUGCUACACAAGGAUCAUCGACAGCGGGUACUUCAACCGACCCGAUCCGCAACUAUGCUGUGCUUGCUGGGACUGCUGCUGCUGUUUGUGGCCUGGGCUGGUAUCUCCUCUCGAAACCAAGUAAAACAGAAGAAGUAGUUGAUUGAGGCUCCAACGUGGUUCAAGAGGCCGAGCCCAUUGGGAAUUGGGUUUCAUUACUUGCCUUAACUUUUCCAUCAAACUUGCACUACUCUAGUAUACUUAGAGAUGCAAUUGGAAAUAAAUCGUUCCCUGUUUGAGUUGCACUUGAACAUGCAUUUGAAGUAGGGUCGCCUGCUACUUUGUUGAUUUCGGAAUGGCUUAUUUCUGUGUUUUUUCCCCUUCUAAAAUGCUGCUUCUGAAUCUUAA